AGUUUGGCUGUCAGUGAGCCGUCAGUCGUCAGUUGGGUGCGAGCGUUUAGAGUAUAUGAUAGAGUGCUGCGCGUCGCGAAAAUCAACAAAUUAUUUCGUAAUUCUAAUUAAUUAAGUUAAUGUGAAACUCACAAUAAAAGUAAUGCCUAAUUAGAACAAUAUUUAAUCAUGUAGUGAACAAAAACAAGGCAAUGAAAUGAUUAACUACGAAUAAAUGAAACAAACAAGAAUAGAAAACGUUUCACGUAGUGAGUGACUGAUAAAGAGAGAGCGUGAGAAAAAUUUAGAGAGAGAGAGAGAGGGAUUAAGAGAGUGCGUACCGAAAAGAUUGAGAGUAAUAUUUGAUAAAGAAAAAUGUGUCAAAAUAUCAUAAGAAACUGCUUGGCAAUAACAAUAACAACGCUCGGACUGAUAAACAACUGAAUGAUAAUGUUAAAGAUAAUGAUAACAAAAAGACAAAGUUGGCUGCACGUGUAGAUUACCAAAUAUUUUGUAUUCCUUUUUACGCUAUUUAUCUGCACUGAUGGACUACGACAACCACAACACAACACAGACAAAGACAAUGCCCAAAACAACCGAAGAAUAAACAAAAUAAGCUGCAUGCGAAAAUUCACAAAGAAUACAGCAAUUUGCACUUGUCACGCUGUCGGCACCGACGUCGACGUCGACGUUGACGUAGCUCUCUAAUACAAAUAAGCUAAAAAGCAACACAAAAAUAAACAUAGAGCCGCAAAAUGCACGGCAUCAAGCGAGUGCUCGUCUUCUGCAUUAUGAUUGUGAUCUUGCCGGCGACACUGAUCAUAAUGCCUCUCUAUUUGCGUAACACGGUUUUUGCGGAUGUGGUCUACCCAGUUGCGGAAUCGGACAUCAUUGAGAUCAGGGAUGGCAUCUCCUCGAUAUUCUGCGAGAAGCACACGCUGAAGAUGAACAGCCACUUUAAUGCGUUUCAGCUGCAGAAUAAGCCGGAGAUUUCCACAAGUCGUAAGCACAUUCGGCUGAAGAAAUCAAUGACUCUGCCCGAUGACACGCUGGAGUACUGGGGAUUCUUUUUGCUGAAGGGUGCGCGAGUGUCGCUCAAGUUCUGCUCCCUCUACAAUGGAUCGCGUAUACUGGUGGUCAAGGGGAAGCGCGAACUCAAGCUGUGCGGUCUGACGGAUCACAACAAGAACAAGCUGGGUGCCAACUAUGCGCAGGGUCACGAUCAGGUGAAGGUCUUCUUUGAGGAUGUACUUGAGAUCACGGAGGAGAAACUGCCAGCCGAAGGAUUGCUGGAGCAUGAGAAUCAUGGUGGCGAGGAUCUCACCGAGGAUCACGUGCCGUUCAACGUGAGUGCAGUCAAUGCAACCGCAGUCAAUGGGACCGUAGUCAAUGGGACCGCAGUCAAUGGGACCGCAGUCAAUGCGACCGCAACGACCGCAUCGCCCGCUAAACUUUUCAGAAAGAAGCUGAAGAAGGGCUCGCGAUUCCAUCAACCACACGUCAAGUCUGCGGAAGCCGUCGAGUUGGGCGAUAACGCUACCGAGACAGCCAGCCAGCCAGCCAAUCGCCAUAGGCGACACAGUGUGUCCGCCCAUGAGCUGCAGAAGAGGCAACUCUACGAGCAGCUUUACAAGCGGAAGGAGCGCAAGAAGCGUGAGAACGUAUACGACCGGAAAUACAGUCAUGGUGGCAAUGCUAUGAACUUUACAGAAACCGAUGAAUCCAAUUCCAUAUCAAGCUUUGAGACUGGUCUCUUCACCUGCUUCAAUGGUGCCAUUCUCCUGGCCGAGGGAUUUCCCCCAAAAUCGGCGUGUACGAAUCGUCAUUUUCUGGAAAAAGGCAAACAGGAUACGGUGAUGCAAAAUAUCACCGAGGAUGGCUAUUACUACUACAUUUUCUACAGUGACAACGAUUUAGUGCGAAACGAUAUACACGCCAUAUUCGACAUAUAUAAGCCAACAUUUCAGUAUGCCAAUCUGAGUGAAUCGCGCAGCUGUCUGAAUAGCACCGACUGCACCUUUAGUAUUGGUUUCCUCUCGGACGAGAUCGUUGUUGUCGAGGUGCCCACAAGAGACGGCAUCGAGCACGAGGAGGAUGACAUCACAUAUCUCAUAUCGACUUGCCAUCCACGUAGUGCAAUCUAUGCUUUGUUCCCCAUCUCGGUGUUGGUGCUGAUCUUGUCCUGCUCUUUCCUUUAGGAUCACAAUUGGUCACAAUUUUGGACUCUAGCAAUCAUGUGAUAUUCUUCUUUUGAGAUAACUGAGUGAUAAACGUGAGCAUGAAUAACCGAUGGCAGGCCCAAACAGAAACAAAAAUAAAUCACAAAAAUUCCAAACGUCCUAGCGAUCGUAUCAUAAGAUCCUUUCUCCGAUCCUGAUCCUGGCAUCCAUUGUACCACAGUCUGAAACAAAAAACAAAUCACUGAAUAUUCAUAAACUGCGAGUACUCGUAACUAAAGUAUAAUUUUGUAAGCAAACAUUUACUCUAGUACUCAAGCAUUUAGACUAUAGUUACUAAAUAAGAUAAAAGAUACGACAUACUACAGACAUACACAUAAUACUAUGUACAAAUAACUAUAAUAUCAUAAGAUCAAAUUAAAUUUGUUUAGAAACGA